AUGGCGAAGCCAACUGCAAAACCCGACAUGGUCUCUUUUGACGCAAAGCCAUACGCUUUUUCUUUCCCCCUGAAUCAUACUGCCUUGCUCAUCAUAGAUAUGCAGCGCGACUUUCUACUUCCUAAAGGAUUCGGUGAGAUCCAGGGUGGAAACUUGGAAGCAGUUCAAGCUUCCAUUGCGCCCACCAAACGACUCCUAGACGCAUGUCGAAGCGCAGGCAUGACCAUUGUUCAUACACGCGAAGGCCACAAACCGGACCUCUCAGACUGCCCUUCAUCAAAGCUUACCAGGCAAGAAGCAGCGCCUGGCAACACCCAGCACAAACUAGUCAUUGGCGACAAGGGGGAACUGGGUCGCCUGUUGACCAGAGGGGAAUACGGCCAUGAUAUCAUCGAUGAAUUAAAGCCGCUGCCUGGCGAGGUAGUCAUCGAUAAGCCUGGAAAAGGCUCAUUCUGGAACACGCCCAUCCUACAUCAGCUCAAAGCGCGAGCCAUUACACAUUUGAUUGUAUCGGGCGUCACUACAGAAUGCUGCUUUGCUACAACCAUUCGAGAAGCAAACGACCGUGGUUUCGAAUGCUGUGGCAUCGAAGAAGCAACCAGUGGAUACAAUGAUGCAUGCUUUAAGUCAACAUUAGACAUGAUCCACUGGUCACAAGGCCUAUUCGGCUUCGUCGGUAGCCUGGAGCCCUUGGUUGAGGCUCUCAAACCUUUCUCUACAAACCAGAUUCAACUCGGCUAUACGCCUCCCCAAACACCACCCGAAUUCGAUGGCGACCUCACAAUAUCCAAUCUGCAGCGAGCCUACAAGAAUGGCCUUUCACCCCUGACCGUCGUCGAAGCAGUCUACAGAAAACUCGGAGCAUACAAAAAGAUCGACCCAGCCGUAUGGAUCCACCUUCGACCCCUCGAAUCUGUUCUAGAAGCCGCUCGAGAACUAACCACCAAAUUCCCCGAUCGAACCGCUCUCCCCCCUCUCUUCGGCAUCCCCUUCAGUGUCAAAGACAGCAUCGACAUCGCGGGCCUCCCCACCACAACCGCCUGCCCACCCCUCGCCCACAUCCCCUCCACCUCGGCCGUCGUCUACGAAAAAGUCAUUUCCCAAGGCGCCCUCUUCAUCGGCAAAACAAACCUCGACCAACUCGCCACAGGCCUAGUCGGCUGCCGCAGUCCCUACGGCACUCCUCACUCCGUCUAUCACCCCUCGUACAUAAGCGGGGGCUCCAGCAGCGGCAGCGCCGUCUCCGUAGCCGCAAAUCUCGUCUCCUUCUCCCUCGCCACCGACACUGCAGGUUCCGGUCGCGUUCCCGCAGGUCUAAACGGCAUCGUCGGCUUCAAACCUACACGCGGUACUAUCUCCUUCCGCGGCAUAACGCCCGCCUGCCUCUCCCUCGAUUGCAUAGCCCUCGCUACAAAAACCAUCACAGAUGCCCGAACACUCUGGCAAGUGUUGGAAAGCUACGACCCUCUCGACCCCUACUCGAAACCAACACUAGCCUUCGAACGCCACAUCAACAGCAUCGGCCCUCGCUCUUCAACUUUCAAAUUCGGGAUCCCACCACCGGAAGCACUGGCUAUUUGCUCCGCCCCUACACGCCGGCUGUUCAACGACACAGUUUCACAGCUCCAAUCCCUCGGCGGCGUCCUCACCCCAAUAAACUGGACCCCCUUCCAAAAAGCAGGCGAGCUACUGUACGAAGGCACCUUCGUAUCCGAGCGCCUCGCCUCCCUCCCCGAUGACUUCCUCGAGAAAAAUCGCGCGGGAUUACACCCUGUAACCGCACAGCUCAUGGAUGCCGUGGUCCAAAGAAAGAGCUCAGCGGUAGAUGCGUACCGUGACUUACAAGCUAAAACGCUGUAUACGCGGCAGGCAGAAGAAGUAUUUGCGUACGCGGCGCACGGAAUCGACGUGCUCGUUGUGCCGACGACGCCGACGCAUUGGCGGAUUGACGAGGUGCUGGAAGACCCCAUCAGGAAGAAUAGCGUGCUGGGCGAGUUUACGCAUUGUGGGAAUGUGUUGGAUUUGUGCGGGGUUGCGGUGCCGGCGGGGGAGUAUCCAGUCAAGGAGUUGAGUGGAAAGAGGGAAGAUGGGGGUGUACUGCCAUUUAGUGUGACUUUCUUGAGUGGAUCGAGGUUAGAUGCUGAGAUGUUGGAGAUUGCGAGGCGGUUUGAAGAGAGCGUGUGUGGGUAG